UCAAUGCGUGCAAUGCAACUCGAAUGUCAACACGAGCCAGAAGAAUAAUUUUAAAUUUAUGGCCGGUAGAGCGUCGUCGUAAACUUAUUCUUCGCGCUAAUGUAAAAAGACCUGAUUGGGAGAUAGUAAAAGACAAGGAUGUUUUGCAAAUAAUCGAUAUAUGUAUGGAAAUGCAGAAAAUUAAAAAACUAGAUAAUCACAACGAGAAUAAUGCGAGAAUUAAUAUGCCACGAUGGAUAAGCAACACAGUAAAAAACAUUCGAUCAUUAGACAACCAAGCAAAUAAAGAAUCUACACCAGUAAUUGAAACAGAAAAAAGUCCAUAAAUAAAAAGAAUAUUAUGUACAACUGUAACUAACUUAUUCAGGUGUUUUUUUAAAGAUUAGAAAAAAAAAAAAAAACAAAAAAAAACGUUAUUUUC